AUGGAAAACCUACUGAAGCUGUGUCUCUUUCUUCUCUGCUUUGAAACUGCUCUCACUCUACAGUGUGUACUGUGUAAGUCUUACAAAAACAGGAAAUGUGUUGAUGGGAAUCAGACAUGCACUGCACAACCUGAUGAAAUCUGUAUUAUCCGCAGAACCUGGUAUGCAUCUGAUUAUGAGAAUUUGCAAAGUGCAGAGUCUGGGUGCAAUAAAUCAUGUGAACUAGAUGAAAAGUUUUCUGGAGAUCUAAUAAUACACACGCAGUGCUGCGAUGAUGAUUUCUGUAAUGACAUCAAUUUACCAAUUAUGAUGACUUAA